AUUAUAUGUUUUCGUUUUCAUCAUUACUUUGAAAUUAACUUGUGAUGGAGUGAAUUGUUACUAAUAAUAAGAGGAAAGUUACAAGAGUUUAGUGUCGUGAUAUACAAUAGAAGCGACGAUAAUUACAUGGUGGGGGGCAGGUAGCCAGUCCCACGCGGAGUCCAGGACUCGCCUGACGCGGCAGGACACACCUUAGAGGUCCCUCCCCCUUUCAUCACCAUGAGUGGUCGACUGCCUAACCUGCAGGACCUCACCCGCCUGUUGACCCAGGGGCGGUUGCCUAGCCCCAGGGCAGACACUACAGCAGGUAGUGGUACCUCGACACACACCAAAUCUGGGAGACACACAGGGGAAAGAAAUGACUGUGGAGUGGACGCACUCCAGUCAGCACAGUCACCAAAGAGAUCACAGCCAUCUGCAGGAACGUCCAGUCAGUCCACACAAUCUACUUCAAAGACUGUGAUGCCAGCCGGUGACCCCAAGAGCGGAGACCUGAAGGAGUUCGUGCAUGAGGUGGAGUUCCAGCACAACACCCUACUGGGCAAGAUGCAGCUCCUGAGGGAGACAUUGGCCAAGCAGCUCGCACCUUCAGAUGAGCGUGAGGAUGUUCAGAAGAAGACCUUUGCUAAGUGGAUCAACAGUCAGUUAGUUAAAGGGCAACAUCCACCAGUCACAGAUCUUUUCUAUGACUUGCGGGAUGGCACUCGUCUCUUGGCAUUGCUGGAGGUGCUCACUAAUAAGACAUAUAAACGUGAGAAGGGCCGUAUGCGUGUUCACCACCUGAAUAAUGUGAGCAGAGCAUUGAAUAUCCUCGAGGAACACAGUGUAAAGCUGGUCAACAUAUCUAAUGAACACAUUGUGGAUGGCUCAGCAAAACUCACAUUGGGACUGGUGUGGGCCAUAAUUUUACAUUGGCAGGUUCAAGGAGUCCUGAAGGAUGUGAUGUCUGAUUUGCAACAAACCAACUUAGAGAAAACUCUACUUGCAUGGUGCAGACAAACCACUAAGGGAUACCAUGGAGUAGAUGUUCGAAACUUCACCACUUCAUGGACAGAUGGCCUUGCCUUCAAUGCGCUUAUUCAUAGUCAACGACCCCAGCUAUUUGACUGGACCGUGUUGGCAAGGAAACACCCAUAUGCUCGUCUUGAGAAUGCCUUUAGGCUUGCUAAUGAGCAAUUGAACAUUGAGAGACUUUUGGAUCCCGAAGAUGUGAAUUCCCAAGUGCCUGACAAGAAGUCAAUUAUGAUGUAUGUGAUGUGCCUAUUCCAAGCUCUUCCUCAUGAAUCAUUCACUAUGGAGAGUUUGGAUGUCUCUCUACAGUCAGAUUCAUCCUUUAAUAUUGAGGGCAGUAGUGAUGACCCCCUCCGUGCUGCUGCUAAGGCUCGACCCCUGUCCACUGUUAGUAUAGGUUUGAGUGAAUAUCAACGAACAUUAGAAGAAGUUUUGACAUGGCUGUUGGGAGCAGAAGACAGACUGGCUGCCAUGCCUCCAAUUGCUGACACGACAGAGGCAGUGAAGGACCAGUUUCAUGAUUUAGAGGAACUAAUGCUGGAGUUAACAUCGAAGCAAGGUGGCAUUGGUGACGUGCUUGGAGAGGGAUCACGGCUAAUGAGAGAGGGAGUGAUGGAGGAAGAAGAGGAGGAGGAGGUUAGGGUGCAAAUGAAGCUUCUUAACACACGUUGGGAAGAUCUCAGGGUCAAGGCUAUGGACCGACAAUCACGACUACAUGAGAAGUUGAUGAGUCUGCAGCAGAAGCAGCUAGAAAGCCUAAAGAAAUGGUUGACUGAAACAGAAGAUCGUAUUGCUAAUAUGAGUCAGAGUUUGAAAUUUUACUAUAUACUGUAUGCCUUUGUUGUUCAUUUCCCACCAGCUUAUUCAACUCUAGAAGAUGAAUUGAACGCUCUGGGUGAGAGAUGGGCACACAUAUGCCGCUGGGCAGAAUCACGCUGGGCAACUUUGCAGACACUAUCAGUGCACUGGGAGCAUUUUGAACAAGAAAUAGAAAAGUUGCGUCAGUGGCUAAACGAAAAGGAGACUUCUCUUCGCCAAUUUGAGAGUGAUCCAUCGACUGAACAAGAACAUAUCCUACGACAUGCCAGUAUGCUGCAGGUUCUGCAAGCAGAGAUGGAGGUACAACACCGACGACAUGCUCAUCUCCAAGAAGAGAGUGGCAAAGUUUUGAGUUACAUUCCAGAAGGGUCCCCAGCCCAUGAAAAUAUAUCUACAGAUAUUGAAAGUAUACAAGAUCGAAUGGACUGCCUUCUUAGCAUAAUUGAAGCACAGACUCAAAGGCUGGCAGCAAGUGGGAUUGAUAUUACCAAAGUGAUGGUCCCAGUUGAUGGUUCUAGUGAUGUUGUGAGUUCUAGCACAACUACUAUCUCGCACGAGGGUGCCACUGUUAUCACCAAGAUCAUCACAACAAAGGUUACUGAAACGGUUACGGGCAGUGUUGUCAAGCGCCAGAAACUUGAAGGAGGCAGUCAGGAGGAUUUUUCUGUAGCACUUCAUCAGUUGGGUGGUUGGAUGGAUUCAGUGGAAGCCCAAAUCAAACCAAAAGCAAUUGAAGACCUUUCUCUUGACCAGCUUGUUCAACUUAGUCAACAGCUGGAAAGUGAAAUGGAUGGUCAGAAAGAAGAGUAUUACAAAGUGGUUAGUCUUGGACAGUCAGCAAUUUCUGAGACAUCUACCAUUGGAGAAUCAUCACAAGAAAGUGAACGGCAGGUGGCAAUAGUAUCUAGCCGAUGGGAAGCCUUAAUGGAAAUGCUUGUUGAAAUUAGGACCCGCAUCACCUACUUGAAUCAGAAAAAGAGGGUAACCACAGAUCUAAGUGAUCUUGAGGUACACUAUCAGGGCUUUGUACGAUGGUUUGAGGAUGUCCGCACUGUAAGUGAGAAUGAACCGAAUGCUGUCACACUUCAGGCAGAGCAGUGUAAGACAAAAAUUGCUGCAAUGGAAAGUCAUAAUGAAGAUAUUGCAGCCUUGAAAGCAUCUACAAAAACACUGAAUCAAAAAUGGGAAGAGGAAUCGCAGCCUCUAGUGCAGCAGAUAACCGCCUUCCACACCAAAUGGGAAAACCUUAUGCAAAGAUUUUUGGAGUGGAAUGAAACACUGGGAGAGAUGCAAGCUCAGGCUGUGACUCCAACAGUUGCACCCUUGGCACCUCCCCCUGAGUCUCUUCUUAAAGCCAUGGAUGCCUCUGGAAAGUGGCUGGAGAGUUUAGAAGCAGCAUUGGCAUCUGAAUAUUCUGCCAGCACUCUUCCACAAAUGCAAGAUCAGCAUAUCAAGUUCAAGGAUUUAUCUCAGAAGGUGGAGAUGGAGAGGGGAAAUAUGGCUCACAUUAAUGAAACAUGUAAUAGGCUCUCUCAAGAUGGUCAUGUUAACAUAAUGGAGGAUAUUACAAAAUUGAAUAAACAGUGGGAAACUACCACUGAGUCUCUUCGGUUACGUAUUCAAAACAUUGAGAAAGUGAUGGAAAAACAGAAGCAAUACAAUGAUGAAGUAUCUGGUUUGAAGUCCUGGCUUGAUGAAGUUGACGUUUUCCUGCAGGCUGAAGAGGCCGCUCUGGGGGACAUUGAAACUUUGGAAGCUCAGUUAGAGCAAUCCAAUGCCCUUCAGGAUGAUGUGGCAACUCUUCAGACUAACGUGUCCAACAUCAAAACUACUGGAAAACAUCUCAUCGAGGAGGGUGAUUCGGAGCUUAAGAGUAUCAUUGAGAACCAGCUGGACGAGCUAACAAAUCGUUGGAAUCUGGUAACCGAGCUUGCAAGGGCACAGAACAAGAGUUUAAAAGAAGCUCUUACAAGGAGUCAAAAGGUACAUGAUGGUAUUGAUAAGCUCAAUUUAUGGCUUGAUGAACUUGAAGCAAAAAUUCCCAGCAGUUUACCAAGAAACACUCCCCAAGAGCUUAGUCAUGCGGUUGAAAUAUUUACUCAACUGCGAGAGGAUAUAAGUCUUCAUAGUGAUGAACUGAGAGCCAUCAAUAACAUUGGUGAUGAACUGUUACAAGUUGACUCUUCAGCCACACAUGAGGAACUGGCUAGGCGGUUCACUCAGCUCAAUGGUAGAUGGACAGAAGUUGUAAGCCAAGUUGACUCAAGCUAUAAAGUUAACAUCACUGCAUCUCAACAAUAUGAAGAUUUUAAGAAGGUGUGCUCUGAGGAGUCUGAGUGGUUGGACCAGCUACAGGCAAAACUUGAAAGGUCAUCAAAAGAUGCAGCUGAUGCUGAGGAAAUUUCUGAGGCAUUGGAUGAAUUGGAAAUUUUCCUGCAUAGCCAUGAUGAGAGGCGACUGGAGCAGAUCAGGAAUCUUGCAGAAUCACUUGUCAGUGAAAGCUGUGUUGCUGAACCUGUACAAGAAACCACUCACUCCCUUACAUGUCGUUUUGAUACUCUUAAUGCCCAGGCAAGUGAACAGCAAUCUGGGUUGGAAGGUAGCGUGCAAGAAGCUCAAGCAUGGGAAAGAGAGUACGUCAGUGUCCUGGAUUAUCUUGCACAGUCUGAUUUAAUCCUCACUCAGGCCAUCAAUGAUGAGAUACAGGUUGAUCAAGUCCAGGUUGAAGCAGAGAUGAUGACACAACAAAAUGUGCUUCAGAAGAUGCAGGCCCAAGUGGAGGUAUACCACGGUCAGGGCAAGACGGAAGCUGCUUUAAGAUUGGAAGAUCAAGUUUCUCACUUACAGAAAAAAUAUGAAGAAAUUGAAUUGAAGCUGCGUGCAUGUCAGAAGCCGAGUGACUUUGAUACCCGCUUGAAUCAGGUGAACUAUCAGCUGACAGGAAUUAGUCAACAAGUACAUUUGGUCAGUGUGGAUUCAGGGAACCCAGAUGGAAUUCAGGAGCAACUAAAUCAGUGCAUGGAUUUGUAUCAAACACUUAGUGAAGUAAAAGCAGAGGUGGAAAGCGUGAUAGCAACAGGCCGUAAGAUAGUUAAAGAAGGGCAAUCUGCAGAUCCAGAUGGUCUCACUCUUCAGCUAGACCAGUUGAAAGCACUUUAUAAUAAACUGGGUGGUACAGUAACUGAACAUCGUGGGAUUCUUGAAAGGGCGCUUCGCCAUAGUCGUAAGAUUCAGAAAGACUCAAGUCACUUGGAGGAAUGGCUGAGCACCACAGAAUGUGAAUUGGACCAACGAGAGGCAACUGUUCCUACAAAAAAUGUUGAAGGGGAAGUUCAUUUUGCUCAGCAUGCCAUUGAUGAUUUGGGGCGCAAGAAGCCCUUGCUGACAGGCCUGCACGAGUCCUAUGCUGCUCUUACUUCUAUGUCUGAUGACCCUGCCUUGCUACAGCCCAUUAAAGAGCAGGUGGAUGACAUUACUCUUACAUGGGAGCGAGUCAGUAUUAGGCUUGCCAACAGGCUUAAGAACAUGCAGACUGAACAGGUUGCCAAAGAAGCUGAAAUGGAAAGAUUUAUCAUUGGCCUUGGUGAGGUCAAAGGAUGGCUGGAGAGCACGGAAUACCAACUUCUCAACAUCAGCAGGCUUGACCCCAGUGACCAAGACCAACUAAUCAAGAGUGUGUCUUCAGAAAUACAAAGCUACAAAGGCCAGAUUGAAAAUAUUCGUGACACAGCUGUAGACCUGAUUAACCAUGGAGUGUUAUUCCAAGCUCGGAUUCAACCUGAGUUAGUACUCAUUAACCAGAGGUGGGAAAAUAUCUACAGGACUGUGCAGGUCAAAUCUGAAGAUUUUGAAGACACAUUGAGCAAUGUUUCCCAAAGUGAAGAUGAUGACACAUCUAGCUUUGAGAUAGGCCCUGAGUUGUCAGACACUGAAGCUAGUAACCAUGAAAGCUUUGAGGAUAUGCGUAGACUAGAGACUGAAGAUGUGAGUGUGAGGGAGAUGGGAGAGGAAGCCGAGCUUGGUAGUGGUUCACCUGAUAUUGACAUUGGAAUGAAAAAAAGGAAAAGAUUUGCUAAGCUUUAUGAGGAAACUGACUGUGAAAUGCUCAAUGAAAUAAAGAAAACAGAACAACCUUUAAUGCAGGAUGUACAAGCUGGAGAGGAGUCAUUGCCUGAAGAGGUUUCUCGUAAUCCUAAGUCCAAGAAAAGGGCAUUAAAGAGUACUUCAAUUGUAACAGCAGAUAGCUUGGGAAAGGCAUUACGCAGAAAAGGGCUGACCACUGAUACAGUUGAGGGAAAAACUUGGGAAUCCAGUAGCUCUUCGAGUAGAUCAAGAAGCAACAGAGGGUCCUCUUCGGAAGGCUCCAUUGAUUUUGGAUCUGAAACUCGUGGUGCCAUUUCAGGAGAUUGGGAUGAUGCCCCUAUACCUCAAGAUUUAAGUGUACAACACCCUGUUGCAGAUGAUCAACAAGCUCAGAAAGAAUCAUUGGAAAAAGUUCAAGCGCAUGAGAUGCUGAAUAAAGUUCAAGAGCACGAGAUGCUGCGUUUCAGCUUUUUAAGUUCCAGUAGCAUUGAAAUGGACAACGAAGAAGUCUUUGCUAGAGAGAUAGAAAUGGAAAGUCAUGAAGUAGAUGCAAUGAUUGAAGUUACUGAAAUAGACUCCUCAUCUUCAGAUGAAAGUGAUGAUUUAGAGGAACCUUCAAAUGUAAGAAUAUCUGCAGCCACCAUAUAUGAACAUGCUGUUAUUAAUGCUCUGGAAGGCUCUGGAGAGAAGGUCAGUGAAAAAAGAGUUAACCAAGAGGACAGUUUUGUUGGGUCUAGUGAAACUGAUGUGACAGAUUCCACAGUUGUCCAGCAUAUAGUGACGAAAGAAGAACAAGGAGCUGAUGGUAAGACAGAGACUUAUACUCUGAUACUUGACCAUAAAUUAUCAUCAACAGAAACUGCAAAACCUUGUGCAGCAAUUUUAGGUGAACACCCAUCAUUAGAAACUAAACAAAUUGAAAUGAACAAGAUUGAGAUUGAAGAAGUAACUGAUAUUUAUUCUGCUGAUCAGUUUCCAAAUCAAGAAAUAAAUGAAGUAAUUCCUGAGUCAGUAAUUGUAACUCAGUGUAAAGAUGAAUCUAAUGUGUCACUCAAGACAGCUGAUGAGAGAAACACUGCAUGUGAAUCACCAAUGGAAGAAUUAGGAGAGACGGUUGUAGAAGUAGUGUCAAAACAAUUUCCAGAAGAGGAGGAUGUACAGACUAUGACCAAGAUGAUAUGCACUAGCUUGACUCGAGAAGAUAUCAGAGAAUCACCUAACCAGGUAAUAUGUUCAAAUCAGAGUUAUGACAUUACUGUUUCUCAAGAACACAAGAUGAAAGAGAACAUAUCUGAAACAGCCCAAUCUGGAGGAGAAAAUCAGUUAAUGACAUUAGAACAAGAACUUAAGAAAUCACCAGAUAUUCCAUUGAUAGAACUCCACUCACCUGUAGAACCUCAGUACAGCACUAGGAUUCGAGAGGAAAUGGAAGUUUUUGAAACAACUAUGGAAAGUCCUGCAAGUCCAUCUAUCACUAUCAAUCUUGUAUCUGUUGAAGUUGGAGAAGAAACUUUGGAAGUAGCUAAUAUGUCUGAAAUAUUAACUGGCGAGUGUGAAGAGUACAAAGUUGUUGAGGGAGAACAAUCUGUGACAUGCAAAGAUAAUGAUGACUCAAAAUACUCCCAAGCUUCAGUUGUCAGCUUAGAUAACAACCAAUCACUAGGCAAAGCUGGUCUUUGUGAGUCCGUGCCAUAUCUUGAAAAAGCUGAAGAUGAAAAUAUGGAGAAGAUUUUUGAGAAAGAAAAUCUGGGAGUUAAAGAGGGUGUAAGCAAAAAGGAUUCUAAGAGAGAUGAGGAUGAAGAGCCAGAGGUUAGAGAAAUCACAAGAAAAAUUUCUGUGUCUAGCAGUAGUUCAUCUGGCAGCAGCUUUGAGAUGGUUGAGCAUGAACCAGAAGCUGAUUUAGAAGAGCAGUUAUCUUCUCAUGAUAGUUAUGAAGAAAUGGAUAGUGGAGAGAAAGAUAGUGUAACAGAGAAUGACAUGGAGGUUGAUGAAGGAAUGGACACAAUAGAUGAACCUGAUAGAGUAGAGGAGCAACUUGAUCCAGAUAUAGCAAGUGUAUCUUUGGAGGUGAAGCUGGAGAGACAUGUUAGCAUUGAUAGUUCAGUGUCUACAUUGUCAGAAGCAGAAACAGUUAUUCAUGUGCCAAUUGGCAGUCUAUCCAAGAAAAUUUCUGAGACAGUAUCAGUUAAAGAUGACAGCCAAAUUGGUGUUAAAACUCUGAAAAGUGUGGAAGCUCAAGAAUCAUUAAUGCGGUCAGUAUCAGAGGAGUUGAUAACCAAGACCACUAUUCCAGAAGGUAAGUCACAGGGUAAGGAAUUAUCAGAAGGCAUACCAAAAAUUUCUGGAGCAAAGAAAGAGUCAGGUUUAGCUCCUAUAAUGCAAAAUGUUGAUACUACUAUAAAGAAGGUAGAUCAUGAAAGUGCUGUUUUAACUGCAAGACUUGAUAGGCAUUCUCCAGCUCAUGGAGGUUUUUGCAAGAGUGCUUGUGAAGCAUCAUUUGUUGUUAUGAUGCAAGAUGAUGUUAAGGAUGAUGAAGCAGCUAAGUGUGAUGUCAUAGUUGUAGAGAAUACUAAUAAGCAUCCUGGAUGCAGAGUAGUCAAAGCAGGCGAUUUGAAGAAAGAAUCCGAUUUAAGAUAUCAGAGAGAGACCUUAAGAGAGGCAGAUGUGCUCCCAAAGACUAUACGAAAAGAAGUAGAAAGUAAAACCUCUGCGGAGAGUAGUAUUAAGAAAGAGCCAGUGACAGGAAGUGCAGGAGCAGGUGAUGCAGUUCUUGGGGUGAAUUUUAAGGGUGAAGAUGGGUGGACUGAAGUGAAAAUAAUAAAAUCUAGUGUAGAAGAAACCCCCAGAAUGGAAAGAAGAGUCAGUGUUGAUGUUGCUCAAGUAAUUGAAGCAACUGAGGUGAUUGAAGAGCAAGAGGUUACAAUUUCCAUUCCUGAUGUCCAUCAUGGAGACUCAAGAGAUGAAAGUUCUGCUGCAUCUGAUGAAGAAAUGGAUCAUAUUUACAUUAAACCAUCCGAAAAGAUAUUUGUGAAUUUAUUACCAGAUUCUGGUGAAAAAAUUGAAGCUACAGAAAGCAAAGACAAAAUUUUUUUGCCUCUUUCCUCAAUACACUUAGAAAAACAUACUACAGUUAACACAGAGAAAGAUGAGGUUUUGUCUGGGAUGCCUAAAACAAGUGGUACUUGUAGUGAAACAAAGAAAUCUUUGACUGUGUCUGUCGUAUGUGAUAAUGCAGUGGAUAUAGACACAAAAACUGCUGAGACAAGUAGCAAAAUUGAAAUUAAAGAGGUAAUGAAGAGUAUGUAUGAUCCAGAUAAAUCUGUUUGUGAAAACAUUGAGGUAAACAAAAAUAGAGGUCAGUCCCAGUUGGGUAAGGAAGUACCUUCCUACACUCAGUAUGAGUUGAAAGACAUAGGUUUUGUUGUCAUUGAUGAUUACUCAGCUUCAAAGAGUGGGGAACCAAAAGAAGAGACAGAAAAGGAGAGUCCAUUAUCCUCUGCUGCUUCAAACUCCAAUAGUUCUAGUCCUUAUUAUGAUGCCUCUGGAGAAAUGGUUGAAUCUUUAGGGUCAGAUGAUGUUUCAACAUCAAUGGAAGUGUUGCACUCUUCAGCUGAAAUAUUAGACACUCCAGCAGAUUGUUGGUCUUCUCCCAAUGAUCAACCGACACAAUCUGCUGAGGAGAUCAUAUCCUUAGAAAGUAAAGAUAAAUCAGUUCCCCUGAGGGAUACCAAGUGUUACUUAACUCCUGGAUCAGAACACCGCUCCUCACGAUUCAGCACGAUCAGUGUCCUCACUGAUGCAAGUGAGGGAGAGGUCAUCUUUAGUGAAACUGAGGGAGAAGAAUAUCCCUAUGAGGAUACUACUGAUGAUGAUCUAACCUUGGAGGAGGAAGCUAUUAAAACAAUGGCGGAGAAGAAACAAUCCUCUGAUGGAUCAGUGGCAGGUGGUUCGGUAUCAGAGAAGGUAUAUGCUUCAAGAAGUUACAUUAAACAAAGCACUCAAGAGAGAUCCCGUAUUACUACAACCACUGUUUCUACAACCUCAAAAGAAACCCAGAAGGCAGGACAGCUUGGUGAUGACGAAGUUGAUUCGUACCUUCGAGAAGUGACAGUAAUGGCAGACAAGAUAACUUCAGUAAAGACAAAGGUGCAGACACUGCCAUCAUAUCAGGACGCUAAGGCGAAGGCAGAGGCCUUAGAGCAGGAGGUGGCAUUGCUGGAGCCUGAUGUAGCCACAGUUAUAUCUCAUGGUGACACCCUCACCCUCACAACACACAUGGUGGACGUCCCCAGAGCCAACACUAUUCGCAUUGCCGUUAAUGACCUCCGCACUCACUGGUCAGCCCUCAAGAGUGAAACCGAGGCUGUAAAACUGGAAGCAGAACAAGUUGCCCAUGAGAUCAGUAUUAUCUCGGGAAAGGCAGAUGAGAUAAUCAGUUGGGCAAAUGAUGCAUCAAAGAGACUCCAUCUUGUCAAUAAUGAUGAAAGUCAGUUGGAGGCACUUGAAAAUGAAAUGACCAGUAAGAAGGCAGAGUUGGAUAAACUUAAUGAAAGUGGCAUUCUUUUGAAAAAAUACAAGUAUAAUCAGAUUCAGCCUGUGCUCACUUUACUCAACAUGCGAUGGACUGAGAUCAGCAUGCAGUUCAGGCAAUACCGAAAAGGUUCCUUGGAGAAGAAAGCCAUUGUUUCAACAACUAAAGUGGAUACUGAGAAGGAACCAGUCAUUGUUCCAGACUUUGUGGCCAGCGUCAACCGCUUAAGAGAAGGAAUAUCUGCAAUCUCUCGCCAGCUUAAUGCUAACAAGCUUGCUGGCGACCAGUAUGAAAAUCUCAAGUCCCAGGAGGACGAAUUGAAGGCUAUUAAGCAAGGCCUGGAAACUUUGAAGCCAAGGGUUGAUGGUCUUGAAGCUGAGAGGAAUGCCACAGUCAGAAAUAUCACCCCAACUGAGUCAGAGCAGGUGCGCCGAGUUAUGGAUAAACUGAGGGAGGAAUGGGCUCAGGUAAACCGUGGAUACACUGAAAGACAUGCUCGCUGGCUGCAGUGUUCUGAAACUUGGCGUACACUGCAAAAGACCAUUGAUGACUUUGCCAUCUGGUUGAACAGCAUUGAAGAGAGGGUUCAAGUUACCUCUAAUCAGCCACUGCCAGAUGCCAAGAUUACACAGAAAGAACUUGAGAAACAGGUUACUCUUAAACACAGGCCCAGUCAAACACUCCAGUCAAUGUCUAAGGAAGUCACGGAAGGCAUGAAUGCUGAGGAUGGUAAGCGUUUGCAGGAGCGUGUCGACUCGCUUAUGAAACGCUGGCGAGCACUACUUCUAGAUCUUGCUGCCAGGAGGGAGAGAAUUGCUGGUGAAGAUGGGGGUAAGGACAGCACCAGCAGUGAGUAUGAAUCAUUAGUGACUUGGGUGGACCAGGCCCAGGCUUUGAUGGAUGCCCCUGUCAAUGUCACUGAUGAAGCCUCACUUUCUGCACACUCAACCAUGGUCCAGAAUCAUGUGGUGGAGAUGAUGAUAAAACAGAAUUUACUGAAGAAACUAAAAGAUUCAAAACCAAAGUCUAUCUCUACUGCUCAGAUGAAUACUUUAGAAACUAAUUUGAAUAAGGUUGUAAAAACUCUACCUGAUUACAAGAACAUGGUGGACACCAAAUUGGGGGUUAUCAAAACAUUAGUGACAGAAGUAGAGGACCUCUACAAAUGGACAGAAGAAAUGAGAGUGAAAGUGGCCCUUCGUAAUCUGACUGAGGAGGAAUUAAGAGAUUCAAAGGUGACUCUUAGAGAAAAGGAGGCCUUGUAUGAGAACCUCGACUCAACUUACUGGGUGUUGGCUCAAGACGCAGAAGGAAAAGGACUCACUGUGGCUGUUGCGCUCAAGAACCGCAUGAACACCAUCGAGUCCCGUCUGAAGGUGCUACAGGGGCAGGUGUCCGAGGCCGGCGCCGCCACCCCGCCCUCACCGACCUCCCCGGCCUUCCCACCUCCUGACACGGCGGGAGAUAAGGAGAAGGUCGAUCUGGAGAAGGCGGUGAAGCUGGCGAAGGAGGAGAAGGUGGCGAUGUCGAGGACGGAAGCUAGUGUCCAUGCCACGGGCACCACUGUUACCUCGAGUGUCACCUCAGUCAUCCAGAAUGUGAUCAAGUUUGAAGAGAGUGUCUUGAGUACCGAGGCUGGGUUGAGGCCCCCAUCACCCCUUGUUUCUCCGCCUCACCACGCCCCAGACUCCUCACCCGUCCUCAUCCUCGCCUCCCUGGACAAGAGCAUCCUGCAGAUUCGUGACUGGCUGACACUGAUGGAGCAGAUGACCCGUCAGCAGACUGUUGUGGUGGGUGACGCUGACGACAUCCGGCAGCUGACAGAGAAGCAAAAGCCCGCCGCCCUGGACUCAGCCGUGUCGGAAUCGGGAGGAACCAGCCAUUCGUAA